AUGAAUACAACAAUUGAUACCGACGAUAGUAUCAAUGGAAGUCUUGUAGACGAUUGGGAAAGUUAUAAAGCUUAUACACGAUUUUAUUAUUUAACAGAUGAAGCUUUUCUAUAUGCUAACCCAAUUUUAAUACUAAUAGGUAUUCCAACUCAUGCUUUAUCUAUGAUAAUAUUUCUUCGUAAACGUAUGUGUCGUUAUCCAGUGUCUGUCUUUAUGGCAAUGUUAUCCUUAGCAAACAUUCUUAUUCUGGCUGGCCCAGUAACCAUGCAAUGGCUCAAUCAUAAAGUUUUCAUUGGUUUUGUUGUAACCGGUUCUCCGUUUUUAUGUGCAUUUCAUGUUUAUAUUGAUUUAGUUGGCUCAUCAAUCAAUUCUUGGCUUAUUUUAAUGAUUGCUGUCGAACGUUAUUUAUCUGUAACAAAACCAUUCUUAAUUCGAACAAGUUUUAAUCGUCGACAAGCGUGGAUUAUUGUUCUUAGUGUAUUUUUAAUUGCACUUAUAGCACCGCUUGGCCUGGCUAUAGUUGCAUCUAAUGUUAAUGAUUGUCUUUUAUUUUUUUCAAAAACUUAUCAAAUAAUUGGUUCCAUACAAAUCUUUUUUAUUUAUGUUUUACCAUCGAUAUUUAUAUUAACAUUAAGUAUAAUAACAGUACAUAAAUUAAGGAAUCGUAUACGUUCAAGUGGUUCCAGACGUAUACAUAUUAGUGUAAUGUUAAUUACUGUUUCAUUUUCAUUUAUAACAUUUACAAUGCCAUAUCAAGUCUGUUGGUAUUGGUUAUUUUCAACAGCAAUUGGCAGCGUUAAGUUAAAUCUUAAAGUUAAUAUACUUAAUAUUGGCUUUCGAUAUUUAUCAUUAACAAUAAGAAAUUUAAAUUACACAUUAAAUUUCUUUUUAUAUUCUUUAACAUCAACGGUUUUUCUUAAAGAAGUCUUUACAAUUGCACAUUGUAAUUAUUUCCUUAAUGAAACAUUCCUUGGACGUAAUUCAAUAUUUCGUUGCUUAUGUGGAUGUUUUACUGUGCCCGAUGAACAGCGUGAACAGCAGCCAAUAAAUAAAUCUGUCAAUCAGGAGAAAAUAAAUGAUGACAAUAAUUCUACUAAUCAAAACUAUCAAAGUUUUUCCAAUUAUCUACAUUCGAAUAAAGAUUCUUCAAAAAAUGAUAAUAAUCAAUUAGAAAAUGAAUUUCUAAAUGGACAUUUAAAUUUAGAUACAACUACAACAAAUGUAUCAAUUAAUUUAAAACCAUUAAAAACAAAACCUAAACCAAAAAAAUUAAAAUGGAAUUUAAAACCAGCCAAUAAAAGUUUAUCAUCAAGUCAUUUAAAUGACGAUGAUGAUGAUCAAGAACAGCAACAACAACAACAACAACAAUUACAAGCGCAACAGCAACAGCAACAGUCAUCAUUCAAUUUUACUUCAACAUCAAAUAUUCAUGAAAUAAAUAAAUAA